GGUAGCAACGGCUGUCGAACGAGUUUUCAUCCUCGAAAAGACUCUCUCGACUCUUUUCUUCCUCUCCGUUCUUCUUAAUCUUUCUCCAUUUUGUACUUGUUCUUUCCUAUCAGCAUCUUCUUCUUAUCCACUUUCUUCUUCCUCUGAAGAUUAUCGAGCCAACUAAAGUAACGACUGUAAAACAAAAGUUUAUAUAUUUUUUUCUUCACGUACAAAUAGCUCGUCAUGAGAGUUGAACGUUCGUUACUCAUCAUCCAAAGUGUUCUUGAGAUUCUGCAGUUGACUCUUGCCAACUCUGAGUGUCCUCUGGAUACUAUGACACCUGGAACUAACUUUAGGAAACUACUACAUCGUAAGAGACGACACCUGGUCUUUCCCAAGAGCACCACAUUCGUGAUGACAGUCACGGGAUUGAAGUCAAUUCAAGUCAAGGAACCCACUAACUGGAAUUUAGAUUUAGAAUUCGACAUGAUCUGGCCAAUUCCUGAUGACAACGUCGAUAAAAAAAUUAUUAAAAAAAAAUCUAAUCAUAAAUUACGACGACAUAAAAGAGAUUUUUAUAAUACAUUUGAAUUGGCGCUUGACAGACUUGGUUUCUCUGGUAAGAAUUGCAUACUGAGGACAAUAUGUGAAUCGAAAAUGUUCUUACAACCACCCGGGAUUUCAUUCCUCGAUGAUUUAUUGCGUGUAAUAUUGAGCCACGAAGAAAAUCAAGGGAAUAAUCCUGAUGAAUAUGACACGGCAUAUAAAUCUAUAUCUGACUGUAAUAAAAUAUAUGAAUGCCCCAUUUCACUGUUAGAAUUAUUUUUAAAUAAUUUUGAUCUAUAAACUAAAUAAAUUUAAUUAUUUACGAUUAUUUAAUUUCUUUUUAUUAUUAAAAUAAUUUGUACUUGUACGUUUUUUGUGAUAAAAUGUCAAUAAUACAAUAUUAACCGAGGUAAGUGAGAGAGAAAAAAUAGUUGAAAGGUUUUGUACUCUCAGUGGAGUGAAAAGUACAAAGAGUUUUAAAAUUGGGUCGAGGUUUUAGUCGCAAGGGAUUUACGGUUA